AGUCCAAGCGAACGCGCCUCAAGAAACGCCCCUCUUUUUCUCUGCGUCUCAUCUAAGCCGCAACCACCGCUGCCCCGUGAAAGAUCCUGGGAGAUUCAUCCAUCUAAUCUAUCUCCGACCUCACCCCACGCCCACCCGAUUCGUCGCGAUUAGCUGUUCUCGUCACCAGGAUUCCUCUCGCGAAUUCUACUCUUGGCUGAAGGUCUACUGACUUUACCUGCAUUGUCCGAUUGAGGCGGCGGCGCUCGCGGUCGCCAGCCAGGUGUUUCGUGUAUCAUCUUGUUUGUGUCAAUGGAGGAUUCACAAGGUGUUCAGAAUUGUUCCAAGUUCGGGGAUUUUGUUGACAAGACUUAUGGUGCUUCAUCGAGGAGUGCUGCUGAUAUUGAGCUUCACAACACGUGUGGUACUUCUGAGGCAAUGUAUCAUCGUGCUGCCGGCUUCUGUCGAAGUGAUGUUCUACUUGAUGAGGAGUCGUUUGCAUCAGCUUUUGACACGAGUCUAAGUCUCAGAAAUCACCCAGUUGAUAAUCUUAACAAUGCCUGCAAUGUGACAACUGAUGGAAUCUAUCCAUCAGGCCCUAUGAGGCCUACUUCAUUUCAGAGCUGUGAUCCACUGCUUGUUCAGGAUGAAUCCACGUGUCUACAGUUCGAGACUGGAUCUGGCGACCACCAAGAACGAGCACAGUACCUUGGUAACUUGCCAUUGAGCUAUGGAAUGAAUGAUAUGGGUGAGCAAUCUCAAAUGUAUGCACAUUAUCAGCAGGUUGCUUCGAACUUCAUGUUGCAGCACGAUAUGGAUGUGCGAAACCACUCUUCUUUGCAACCAAGCUAUGUUUAUCCACAAUUGUAUGCUACUGGGUCAAAUGUUAGGAGCAAUCAACAGUCUGCAGUUUGCCGUUCUGCAAGGGGCAGAUCAACAUAUGGGCAUCAAGUGGUGCUGGAUGGUUCUGCCUUACAGAAUAGAAAUAACCACUGGAACAGUAUGUUUAUGGACAGUUAUCCAUUUGUUUCUAGUGAUUAUCACCGUACGCUGGAAGCUGAAAAGUUUGCCCAUCCAUAUGGGCUAAACUCUUCAUCGAGAGGUCUCUUGCAAUCUCAAUUCGAUGAUCUCAGCACAAUGAAGCUCCUGAUGAAGUCUGCUGCUGGGAUAAAUCCAGUAAGAACAAUCAAAUAUUCUCCUCCACUAAAUGGCUAUAGCUAUAGUGGUAUGGGUCGAAGAAUCAAUGGUUAUGGUGAAGCCUUGCACCUCAACGGGUUGAAUUCCCGGUUUAUAUCCUUUGAAUCUGACCAUGAUUUGGCCCUGAAAACAGCACAGCUCAAUUUUAGUUCAGUUGAUGAAGUUGCUGGAAGGAUCUAUAUGUUCGCAAAGGAUCAAAAUGGAUGCCGCUUUCUGCAAAAAGUAUUCACUGAAGGCACCAAAGAAGAUGUUGAAAAAAUCAUUUCUGAAAUUAUUGAUCAUAUUACUGAACUUAUGAUGGAUCAAUUUGGCAACUAUAUGGUACAGAAACUGCUUGAAGAGUGCAGUGAUGAUCAAAGGAAACAUAUAAUUUGUGAAAUUACCAGAGUACCUGGAGAUCUUAUUACAGUUGCCUGCAACAUGCAUGGGACUCGUGCAGUUCAGAAGUUGAUAGAUACAAUAAAUACUCCGGAACAAAUUUCGAAGGUUGUAUCUGCAUUGAGUCCAGGAGCAAUGCGCUUGAUGACAGAUGCUAAUGGCAGUCACGUUGCACAACAUUGCUUGAAGAAACUGUUGCCUGAGUAUAAAGCGUUCCUUCUUGAUGCUGCCACACCACGAUGUGUUAGACUUGCAAAAGAUCAACAUGGCUGUUGUAUCAUUCAAAAAUGUAUUGAACAUUCAAAUGAUGAUCAGAAGUACUUCUUGUUGCGCAAUAUCACAUCCAAUGCUCUUAACCUUUCAGAGGAUCAGUAUGGAAACUAUGUCAUUCAGUUUGUUGUCAACCUAGGAGUUGAAUGGGCAACAAGCGAAAUAGUAAAUGAAUUGGAGGGCAACUUUGGCUUCCUGUCAACACAAAAGUGUGGUAGCCAUGUUGUCGAAAAUUGUCUGAGGCAAGUACCGCAGCAUGACCAGAAAAGAAUCAUCCAUGAACUUAUGGUUGAUCCCAAGUUACCCCAAAUCAUGUCGGAUCCAUAUGGGAAUUUUGUGAUUCAAACAGCACUUAAAGAAUGCAAGGGUGAUCUACAUAGUGCCUUUGUUGAAGCUAUUAGACCACAUGCUCCUGCACUGCAGAACAACAUGUAUGCGAAAAGGGUUCUAUCAAAGACUUGUCUGAAGAAUAAGCAAUACCGACAUUUCUUUCUGUAGCCUGUCAUUUGGUGAUUGCAGAAAGGAAGUCGCCGGUUCAGUCAACAUGUAUCAGAGACAGGCUUAGUGUACAAUGGUGUGAUAUAAAAGAAUCGCAACCUAGAAAAGAGGAUCUUUCUGUUUCCUUUAGAGUUUUGGUGAGGCAAAUCUUUUGGUUGAACCAUUUCAGUGUAUUUACUUUAGAUUUAAUAUGGUCAGUUGUAAUGUGUGGAUCGGUCAUUUAAUCAUGUAAGUCCUGUAUCUGCAAAAACUGUAGUUUAUCAGUAACAUUUUGUAAUGACUAUUAGUCAUCUGAUCAGAUGAGCUGUAUCAUCUGCAAGGUUUAAAUAUUCUGGUUGUGUUCUGUUGAAAGUUUGAACCAACUCUGGUUAUCGUUUCGGGGCAACAUCAGGAGAAGCUAAUGGAAACCAAAUUCAUUUCA